AUGGCAUUGCUAAAAAUCAGUUGACAUCUCUAUCUGUCAGUGAAAAGUGGUGGAAAUAUGAAGGCUUCACUUGUGUAUUUUGCGGUGAUUUUCGCUUUUGCGGGUCACGUCAAAGCUGAUGAUGCUAACAAUGCGACUGUUGACUGUACGAAGCCGCCACGUUUUGUACCCCUACACUUGUGCUGUCCAGUACCUGAUCUUAACACCGAAGAACUAAUGGAACAAUGUGCUGACUAUGCUAAACUAGGACCACCACCACCACCGCCUCCGAUGGGCAAUCGUGGACCACCGCCUCGUGGUGGACCGCAUAGGCAUGGACCACAUCAUCAUCCCUGCCUUACCGAAUGUAUAUUCAACCAAACCGGAGUUCUCGAUGCAACUCGUGAGCUUAAUGUCGAUAAAUUUAGUGAAUUACUCGAUACAGCCGUUAAGGAUAAUGAAGAAAUGGCUGCUAUAAUGGAGGAAUCCUUCGAGACAUGCUCGGCGAAGGCAGCCGAAUUCAAGGUUAAAAUUGCUGAAAAAGCGAAGGAUCCCGGUUUUGCCGAACGAAUGGCACAACAUAAAUCGCUCAAUUGUUCGCCCUUGGCCGCUAUGAUAAUGGCAUGUACCAGCAUGGAGACCUUCAAAAAUUGUCCGACUUCGUCUUGGAAUGAUAGUGUGGAGUGUAAUACCGCGCGUGACUUUGUAAAAGCGUGCAAAAGGGAUGGAACUCCCAGAAUUUAAUAAUUAUAAAGAUGCAUUGGAUUGCGUAGAAAAUUGUGUAAUUUGAGUGCUCAAUAAAAUUAAUUGGCGAAUAUAUAUAA